AUGCGGCCGGGCUGCUGCACAGGAUCCUUGAAGCGCAGUCUCUUCGCUCUUGUUGAAGUAGCAGUAGCUCUUGUUGAGGGCUCUUGCUGCUCAGUCUGUUUCCUUGGUUGCUUUGCUGCUUCUGCUGUUCUUGAGGAUCUGUUCUUGAAGAAGAGGCUGAUGGAGGGGCAAGAUCUGGUGAAGGAGCAAGACAACAGAGUGCUCACGAUUCCUCCAGGAUCUCUUCAACCGGAUCCCGGGAUUGAAAUCAAUAUGCAAAGCUUAUCAAUCCAAGAUCCAGAAGUUCUUCAUAUUCAGGCAGACCAAAAUAAGGAAGAGCAGGGACAAUAUAGCAGGUACAAUAUACUUAUGAAGCUUGCGGUUACUGGAGGAUCUCCGAGAGUUCUCUCUCUACAAGUGGUGCAGCAGUCCAUGUCUCGGGCCUGGAGAGAAAAUUAUCAUGGGAUUUCGCAGCUUUCAAGGUACAUCUUUGUUGCGCAUUUCCGCUCUUUGGAGGCAGCCAUGUUUGUGAUUACUCGUCAGCCCUGGAGUAUGGGUUUGGAUAAUUUCUUACUUGAGUGGAUGGAUCCAGAGGAUCAGACUAGAAAUAUUCAGGACUACAAGUUUGAUGUAAUCUUUGUCACUGUCCGUGUGUAUGGUGUUCCUCCAAGAUUCAGAUCCCAAGAGUUGUUAACUAAGAUUUUGCAAAGUGUUGGUCAAUUAUCAGAAUUUCAUCCAUUCAGUCAGGCUAUGAUUCAUGCAAAACCAGAUUACAUGUGGGGUACAAUCAAGGCUAAGGUAAAUAUCUCAGUAAGAGAUAGGAUUUGGGUCUCUUUUGCCAAAGAUCUUGCUGCUUGGAUAUACUUGUUUUAUGAAAGGAUUGGUCGAAUUUGCACUUUCUGUGGGCUCAUGUUUCAUAGUGUUCAGUAUUGUCCUACUAGGAACAAUCUCCUCAUUUCAAGGCAAAGGCUCCAGAUUUCUCUUGAUCAAAUUCCUUCAGUUAGGUUUGGUCAAUGGAUGGUUAAUGUCGAUCUCAUUCCGAAACACUUGAACUCUGAAAUACAGGAGGAUAUGGAUUCUUUCUCAUCUUUUCUGAAUCCGCAGCUAGUUCGAUUACAGAAACAAUUCAUGCAAAGUUCUAAGGGGAAAUCUAAGGUCUCUGAUGAGGGAGGUGUUUCACAAGUAGUUAAUAAAGAAUUAUCACCGAAGGAAAUUAAUAAGCAGAGGCAGCAACUUCAGCAAGGUGAUACAUCAAAAUAUUCAGAGAUGCAUUUGCAACAGAAGAAAUUUUAGAAGAAUGUUGUUCCUUCCAUGGUUGCUCAGUCUGCAGACCAUGGUCCAAGCGGUGAGGCAAUGGUGUCAGCCGAAGUUAGUUUGCCUCCACCUACUGCAGUUAAUGAGGAUGUGCAAACUAAGCAGUGCAACAGCGCGAGAGGCAAUACAGUUCAACUGCUCACAUCCUCAGCCCAGCAGUCUGCUUCUUUGUCUGUCCCGACUCAGCUGGGAGAUGCAAAUCAGUCUGGCCCAUUAACUCAGUCUCUUUUAGAUCUUCCAUACACACCUCAUGUUCAAGUAAACAUUCUUAAGCAAUGUUAUGGCCCAGAUUUGCAUCAGCAGAAUAUUCAACCUAGUCAGAUGCAUAAGGGACAGUCUACUUCUUUUGCUCAGUCCCCUUCUAUAAUCCCCUCGUCUUCAAUUCCAGAUGCCUUCCGCCAGAAUGCACCUACAAAUCCUAUUUCUCUCCCACAUUUGCCCAGUCUACCCACACACUCUACUGCUCACAUCAUUCAGACUUCUACUGCUACUACAAUUUCAGCUGCUAUGGAGGACAAAAUUCGUAGUGAGAAAGAGUCUUUUAUUCCUCUUUCUCCCCAUAAGUCUCCUCCAUCAGAUUCCCACCGCCUUUCGCUGGCCUCUCCUAGAUUCAGUCCCAAAAGGCCGUCAGAAUCGCUCUCUGGUUUGGCUCUCCCACCGCCAAAGCGGCUCGGGGUGCCUGGUGAUGGAGAAGGUGCUGAAGCGCAGAAGGGUUUCGCGGCUGAUGCGGGUCCGAUCGGAGUCGUGUCUCGUCCCAAGAGGCAGACUCAUACUGGAUUGGGCAUUCUCGGAGCUCCGCCUGCCGAUGUUCUUGUCCACGGCCCAGCAGCUCAAGCUGGUACUUUGGGAGCUGCCACGGUUGCCCUUGCUACACCCAAACAUACAUCAGAUAAGGGAGCCAGCUGUCGUUUUGGACUUAGCAAGUGGGACGUUCCUCCAUCUGGGAAGCGUACGGGUAUGCGUCCCCAUUUCAGUGGGAUUUCUCGCCAUCGUAUUAGUCAUUCCACUUGGCACCGUUCUGAUGGCACCUCUCAAAUGGGUUACAGCGCUGCUAUGUGUGGAAGCAGCAGUAAGGUUAUGACAAGCAUGAAUCUCGGGACCUCUAUUAGUCGGAGCGGAAUGGUUGAACAACGGAGCAAUGAGGCAGCUGCUUGCUAUGACCCAUGGCCAAUUCGGACUCCUACAGGAUCUAUUUCUGCAGAUUCAGACAAUUCCCGUCAAGGGGCUUUCUCUCCUCCUCAAGUGGAUCAUUUUAACAACAGGGGUGACUUGUCUGGAGCCGGAGCUCAAACCAUGAUGGAAGCUCAGGAUAACCUUAGUUCCUCUCGUCAUGGCGGCACAGUGGAUCUCAAGGGCAGUCAAACCGCGGAUGAAGUGGACUUUCGUGGUCAACAGAUUGCAGACAUGGCUCACUCCUCUUCUUGGGCAGCGGCGCAUGGCCCUAACGCGCCUCGGGCGCCAUGAGAGCCAUUGCUUGGAAUUGCCGAGGUAUGGGCCGGGGCCUCGGCAAUGACCGUAUGCUUUAAUUGGCUAAUUUGAUGCGGUCCGCGAAAUCUCAGAGGUGCUUCGGGAGGGCUUUGGCUGAUGUGGACCGAUGAUCUUAAAGUCUCUGUUCAUAGUGCUGCUUUCCACUACAUAUUAGCUAAAGUAGUUCAUGUAGCUUCGGGGGUCAAAUUUUGUUUGAUUUGUAUAUAUGGUGACCCGUACCAUAGGCAAACUAGUGCCAUCUGGGAUCAAGUUUCUACUUUUGUGUAUGAUAAUCUGGGUAUCCCCAUGAUGUGUUUGGGGGACUUGAAUGACAUCCUGUAUGAUAUUGAUGGUUGUAAUGGCUAUGUGAAUUACUAUCGUAUGCAUGCUUUC